CACAACACAAACUUGCUCUUACAUCUCUGCCGAUGAAGAGCAUUGUUUUCCCGACAAACUGUAUUGUAAAUGUCGCCGCAUAUGCUUGAGGUCGCCUGCUCAAAGCAAACGACCUUCAUCUAUUUCUAGCGAAAAUGCGCACCUAUUUUUACAAUUACCAACGUCGGAAUCAUCACUCUGGGUACUGCGCUCUGUCUUAACCACCAUGCCUGAUCUAUCAUAUUCCUCACUGCGCAUGUCCCUUCUGUACCUCCGCUGACACGUCAUGAGAAAACGCAGUCGUAGCGCUUAGCUAUUGUGCCUUCCUCAUCCUGCGUGGAUGAAAAUUUUCAAGAAUCAACACAGCAUACACCAACCCGACUCGAUCUUAUUCGACGCUGCGACCACAAAAUGGCAAAACACAACGUCAUCCGUUGUCUCGUGGACGACACAGCCCUGACCAGAAAUAUUGCAGAGAUCGAGAGCUGGGUGGCACAAGGCAAGAUCUGUCUCGUGGUGCCUCUGUACACAAUUGGCCGUCUCCAUGUCCUCAAGCGAGACUCGUCUCAGAUCGGGAUGAACGCUCGUAAAGCCGUCAAAUUCCUUGACCGUAGCACCUCCUCGCGGGGCGAUCUCUCCUACGAGCCAGUGUCCCUGCAAGGACCUGAUGAAGAAUAUCCGACUUGGGCCGAGGUAGAGGCACACUACUUGAAUGAGGAAUUAAAAACAGCUGGAAGAACUGAGGAGACAUUCACAAUUCCAGCUAUGAAUCAGAAAGAAGGAACCGAGACAGAAAACCCACCCAGUGAGACUACCGAAGCUGCGGGUGCACUUUCGAAAAUGCUGUUGGACAAGCUCAAUUUCGCAAGAGAGCCUACAACGACGUCGCCAGCAUCAACCCCGCCGCUUUCUCCGGCUUCGUCAGGACCGCAAAGUUCCAAGACCAGUCCCGAGGUCAAGUCUGCCACCAUGAUCACCCACGACCAGACGCCUGUCCCUCCUUCACUGAAGCCAUUGCUCAACCCGGUGGUAUGGUACCUGAACGAGAGGGAGGCAACUCAACGUGAAAGCCUAAUCUUCCUGACCAAUUCGCCUGAUACCAUGCAUCUGGCGCGUGACUUUGGCAUCCCGACCAAGAAUACCCAUCAACUGAGAAGUGCUUUAGGCAUUCAUGACGAACCACCACAACCACAGGACAGCAACAAGACUGAUUCGGUGAAGAAUACACCACCUCCACAGGCAAAAACCCUGUUCAGCUACCACGACAUCGAAAGCGACGACGAAGAGGUUGUAUUCAAGCCCAGAGGCCGAGGUUCGAGCCGCGGAGGACAAUCUACUCGUGGCGCUGCGACAGUCAAUGGAAAAGGCAAGGGCGUCAUCGCACGCUCUCCACGGACAUCUUUCAGUACCCAUCCGCCACAAGCACAAAAGAAACCCCAAAUUCCUGUCGACGAGAUCGAUCCGGACUCAUUCGACCGCGGUAGUUUUGGAAGAGGCAGUACUUCGCUCGCUAACGUUGGCGGUAGUGCUCCCAAUACGAUCUCCAGCAGCGGCCGCGGAGGAGUGUACCGUGGCAACCAGGGCCCCGUCGCAAGUCGUGGAGGAAGCUUCUCUCGUGGAUACGGUCGUGGCUUUGAGCGUGGCUCGACCCGCGGAAGAGGUCGGUUGUUCGUGCCUUGACUUCAAGUGUCACUGUCAUGAGAUUACUCGAUCUGUGACAGCACGACAAACAACGAAACUACUGGCAUAUGCCAUUCCAACCGCAACAGUGCAUCAAGACUUGACGGUCUUUGAACCGCUUGAAGGGCUUUAGAGCUCUGCGGACAAUAUUCAGUCCUUGAACAGGCUCGAUCGAUCACACAUUUUGCGAAACACGACAACCCUUGAACUAGCGUUCUGAAGGCGUCGGUUACCUAUUGUGGCACACUAUGCAUCUUUGUCCUGCAAUUCUUUUGCAGAGAUGGCUUGACAGGUGGACGGCUUGUAAUGAAGCGGAAUAUGGGUUCUCGAGGAGACUCGAGAAUGGGCGCAGAGGCGACGGAAAGCGUGAUGAAUGCUUUUAGGUGCAGACUGAGGAAAAUGUCCAUCGGACGCUCGGCGGUUCUGCCUUCUUGUCUUCGGGCACGUUACCACUCCUUCGCCGAGCCAGCAUGGAGGUUCAUUUUCAGUCAAAGUUGUCCCAGUCCAGUUGGGACUCAGAUGGCCUGACUUGUCCAGAACCUUCUGAAAGUCGUUUCCAGAGUAUUUGCAGGUCUAUCACGGCCGAUCUGCAGUGACCCCGGAAAUCGGGACAGAAGGGCCGUACUUGUUCUCACGCUGGCCAGUCCAUUCGUUGAGUAUUGUUUUUCUCACAUGCAAUGAAAUGUUAUUGGAUACUCGUGCUUCCUGAUUGGGUUCGGCACCUACGGAGUAUACGAGCUUCAUUCCCUUUGUAAUCGACAAUGCCCGGCUGACUAACUCUUCUUCUUUCG